AUGGAAACCCUGGCCCCAGUUUGGGCCCAUGACCCCUGUGACCUCAGUGACCUCAGCGACCUCAGAGAGAAGAAGCAGGCACCAGCGACCGAGUGGGAGUCUCACUGUGUCUUCAGCUGCUCGCCCCCUGCUGGACGGAUGUGGACGGAGCAGCUGUCGCCUCACAUCCAGAGAAACCAACAGCUGCGGGACGUCCUGCUGCAGAGGGAGGAGGAGCUGCUGCGACUGCAGGAGGAGAACAACAAGCUCAGAGAGUUCCUCUGCUCCUCGUUCGUCAGGAAGCUGGAGGAGAAAGCUAAAAAGCUCAGAGCUGAUGGGAGGAGGAACCUCAAGAGAAACCUGAUGUACGUCCACGAUGAAGAAUGGUUCCAGGCCCGUGGACAUCAGGUCAGCAAGAGAGUCUGCAGGAACCUCACUGAGGAGCUCAGCUCAGUGUCCUCCCAAACCUCUGACGUCUUCUCAGAGCCAAAUCUGGACCUGUGGGUUCUAAGAACCCUGGGACUGAAGGACAGAGACACCAUCGAUACAUCCAACGAAUCCUUGUCCUCACCUGGACACAGCCUCAGAAGUUCAGUUUUCGAUGCCACGUCUUCCUCGUCCUCUGGAUACUCUCUGAACUCUCUGAGCCCUUCAGCUGCCCACAGCCAGAGCUCCAGCCUUCUCACUGACUUCAGGUACCAUGCUGCCAGAAGCCAAGGAGCAAACUGUGGAUAUCCUGCUGAGUCAUCUCAGAACUGCACAGCUUCUCCAGGUCAGCGCUCUGACUCCACUGCAGCUGUGACCCGGAGCCACGAGACACCAGCCAGCUUCCAGUCCCAGCUUAUAACACAGAACUUCACCGAGUCCCCAGACCGAGCAGAGACCUGCUCCAUCACUGCCUCCAGUCGAGCUCCGUCUCUAGAGGGACACCCAGCCGACCGUCCAGCAUACUGGUCUUCACUGGAAGACAGCCAGACACCAUCAGAGGGCACAAACCAGCUCAGUCCACCAGUAAAAGUAAUAAUUUUUUCACCUGUUUCAUCUUCGAGUCCAGUCCAGAACCGACCCUGUCCUCCAGCUCCAGGCUGCAGCCCAACAAGUCCGCCAGUGGGCUGUCCGCCUGCCACCGCGCCACAGACGCCGCGCAGCCGGACCGAUUUGGCCUUCACGAUGUCUCUCAGUCCAUCCAGCAGCGUCAAGACCCACAGCUUCCCUCAGGGACAGGCCUUCGUCUCAAAGGACACAGACGGAACGUGGAACUUCACCUGGCUGCCCAGACAGGGACCCUAGGAAGCUGGGUCAUUCUCCACCAAAGAGACUCUGAAGAAACUCCACGUCCCCUCUCGUUGGUCCCUGAACAAACGUCCGGGGACAAACUGUUCAGAUUUCAGUUUCUUGAACUUGUUGCUGACUUCCCACUUCUGUCCGGAUCUGGAGGUUCUGACUAUACCCAACAAACUGAGAAGCAAAUAAAGACUUUAAAAAGAACACUUCAGUCCCAUCAGCUGCUUCUGAUGGAGCUUCUGAUUCUCUGCCUUCUGCUUGUGAAACUGAAUGGAUCUCAUUCAGAGUUAAAAAAAGUUGUGGUGCAUUCAGUAAGAAAAGUGUUUGUUAAACUGUGGAACAAGAAUAACCAGCUUGUUUUAGGAUUACAGUCACACUGUGGGGAUUACGAUCAGUUUACGUUUUAGAUAAGAAGCUAAUUCACAGCAUGUGUGGUCGCUAAGGAGGGCCGCCUACUGGCCAGAGGCUGUAACAGCAGAGGGAAAGAGUUUACUAAUCAGAUUGAAAGAAAUAACUUUGUAAGAGUAGGCCUAUUACUUUUUCAAUUAAAUACUUUUUAUAAUUUGAUGCACAAAUGUAGAAAACAUAAGAAGUGACCAGAAAGGGUUUCAGGGGAUUAAAUAGAUCUGAAAAACAAAUCUGAUUUCUUUAAUUUUCCUGAAGUGAAAUUUACUGUUUAUAUCUAGAAAAGAAAAUGUCUCCAGCUGCUAAAAUAAAUAUAAAGAUCAUUGAUUCUAAUGCAGCACUGCUUUUAAGAUGUUAUUAUAAAAACUCUGGACUCCCAGUGACCCCUGGUUAAAAUGAACACAGCUGCCUUUAAGUUUGUUUACAUGUUAUUUAAUCUGUGAAACUGCAACUCCAGACCAGUUG